AUGGAUAUCUCUGUGUAUGCGGUGAGGGCAGAGGACAUUGACGUACUGUCCACGUUUCAGAUUGCCAACUUUUUCCGCCGGCACAAGUCCAUUACGAGAGAUGGUUGCAAUCACAGGGCUGCGACCAUCGUCGAAGGUCCAGUCUCUCCCACGCCUGUACAAGGUCAGACCAGCUACACCGUGGUAGCCGACUCUGGCCACCAGCGGAAAGUCGUCCAAUUCCGCAACUCAGCCCUGAAUGUCGACAUCGUCCACCAAGCACGGCAAACUUAUGGAGAUUUUGUCCCCAACUGCGAAUUUCGUGGCAUGUUGAGUGAUCUCUACAUGUACGAGAUGGAUCUCGUGGCGGGAGUAGCCUUCUGUCGAGCCCGGCGUCAGCUCCUCGCCCCUGGGAUGGAGCAGCAUCUUCUUCGAACCGUCGAGGACUUUGCGAGAUUCUUCGCUUCAGCCUGGACGAACAGGCCGGGAUUGAAGCAGUCGCCGGACGUCGCCCGCGCAUUGUUCGCCCAUUAUUCCAAGAUCCUCGACCAGCUUUCCCAAGGCCUACCCGACCGCUUUCAGUUGAAGCUAGACGAGAUACGCCGAGGACUCCCACUACUGUUUCGGUCGGACUACCCGAUGGUGCUCAACCACGACGACCUCUUAGAGAUGAACAUUCACGUGAAUGAGGACACUGGUUGCAUCACCGGUAUCGUCGACUGGGCCGACGCCAAAAUUACCCCUUUUGGUACAUCUCUCGGUGGUCUCGAAACUGUUCUUGGCGUCCAGACUUCGUCAAGCUGGUUCUUCCAUCCUGAUCACAACUUCCUCCGAGAGAAAUUCUGGAGCAAGUUCUACGGCCUAAUUGGACAUCUUGCCGAUGAUGAUCGGCGGGCGAUCGAAGUCGGAAGAAUGUUCGGUUUGUUUCGGACCCAUGGCUUUGAUCGCCGGCCUGAGAAGAAAAACGCGUUGCCUCUUGCGGAGGGAGAUCCUGAUCUCGUGUGCCUUGAGGCAUUCUGUCUGCCUUAG